UGGCUAACAUCCGACAACCGAGCUCAUGAGUACGGAUAUACUAAAGUCAAUCUGCGAAAUAUAUAUUACCCGGAUAACCGCACUGAGAAGAUUAAUGUACAGCCGUUUCGCUAUCAGCUAGCUGUUGUUGCCUCCGGUUAUGGUCAAAAUUUGCUGUUAACUUCCGACCAGAACGCAACACAUGAGAUGUCACACCUGUGCCAUAACCACGGGUGUUUUAACCCUCAUCAUGUAUGUGUUGAGCCUCUCGAGAUAAAUCGUAAGCGCGGGGGUUGUGUGGGU